GAAUGUUUGUGUUUUGCAUGCAAAAUCACAACGUUUGAAAUAUUUUCUCCCUACAAGUAGUGAUCAUGGUGAUGUAGUAUUCAUCGUCCUGCCAAAAUGAAGUGUGCUUUAUCAGUGCCAGUGGGAUGAGGCGAACAGGUCCUCUGAGCCAGCUGCCUUCUCCAUCCUGUUGAGUGUGAACACGGAGAUGCACGACUGACGUGGUUUGGCUGCGUAGCACGUGUGUAGGAGUUCAUCAUAGUUGGAGAGACAGAAACAAAAUGCAGCGGUGUGUUCCCCAUGGUCGUGUAGGGGGUGCCGCUCAGCUGCGUAUACAGUAUCGAUCAUUAUGUGCUACGCUGUCUGAGAAAUUUGUACCUACUUCUCCGCACAUACUCACCAAGGCAGAUGUCCACUCGCUAGAGGAGUUCAUCAGAAAUUCCAGAAAGCUGUUCAUCCUGACCGGGGCAGGCUUGUCUACAGAGUCCGGAAUUCCAGACUAUCGGUCGACCGGUGUCGGAAUGUACGCAACAAGCAAGCAGAGGCCAAUACAGUACUCGGAAUUUGUAAAGAACACAGAAGCUCGGCGUCGCUACUGGGCACGGAAUUACGCAGGUUGGCCAAGCUUUUCCAGCAGGCAGCCAAACCUGGGGCAUAUGUUCCUUUCGGAGUUGGAGCGUCGUGAUAUGCUGCACUGGUUGGUCACACAGAACGUUGAUCGCUUGCACCGCAAAGCCGGCUCAUCGCGUGUAAGUGAGCUACACGGAUCUACUCACGACAUCAUCUGUCUGCAGUGCAAAGCAAUGACGUAUCGCUCUGACCUGCAAAUACGCAUGGCCGAGAUGAAUCCGCAAUUUCACGACAGACGAGAAGACGAAAACACAGUGCGACCCGACGGUGAUGUACAUUUUGAAACCGACGCCUGGAAGAGUUUUCACAUUCCCGACUGUCAGCUUUGCGGUGGUAUGCUGAAGCCGAAUGUUGUGUUUUUUGGUGACGUUGUCCCUCGCCCGUUGGUUACAGACAUAUAUGAGAAGUUAGGCGAAUGUGAUGCGAUGCUUGUGAUUGGCUCAUCGCUAGAAGUUUACUCCAGUUAUCGGUUUGCCCUUGCUGCUGCUGAGCAGUCUAUUCCAAUGUGUUUACUGAACAUUGGGUCUACACGAGCUGACCACCUUGCCUCCAUGCAUAUCCACGCUCGCUGCGGCGAGACCAUGAAGCAAUUGAGUCAAGUGCUGUUUGGCGAUGUGUAUUGGCUGAGCAAUGUGUAGGUGAACGAUUGAGUUAUGCCUCUAAUUAUACCGAACCUCGACUCACGUGUAGAGAUCAGUCUUUUUGAAUUCUUUAGUCUUCUAGUAGCUACAUGUACUGUGUAUCAGGCACUUUUAGUGGCAGAAUUUUACUAUGUAGGGUAAAUUUGAAACUCUUGUUAUAUCUCUAUUUUGAGCUUAUUCCAUCACGUCCUAAUCCUAUUUCAUCCUCACAAUGUUCUGCAGGUUCAGAAAUUGUGCUUUCUGUUAUAUUAUGAGAAUGUUAUUCACACUUGGCAAUACAGUAUGCUGAGUCACCAUGCCUCAUGAGUGCACAGCAUUGUACAUUACCUGAUUACUCUGAGUUCAUCCA